AUGCCAAGCCCCAAAUGGUUCCCGGCUUUCAAAAAAGAACUUCCACGCCUGGAAGGGAAAGUCUUGGCCAUCACUGGAACCACAUCUGGCACCGGCUUUGUGGCGGCAUGGACUGUAGCAGAAUUAGGUGGCGAAGUGUUGCUGCUAAACCGCAAAUCCAAGCGGGUCGAUGAUGCUUUGGGCAAGUUGAAAGCCAUUGUCCCGCACGGGAAUUUCGUGGAUGUGGAGUGCGACUUGCAGGAUUUUGCCAGCGUACGGAAAGCAGCUGCAGAGAUCAAAUCCAAGUAUGCCAAGCUCUACUGCCUUGCCAACAAUGCUGGCAUUGCUGCGAAACCAGAUGAGGCGACGAAGGAUGGGUACGACACGCAGAUGCAGACGAAUCAUUUGUCGCAUUUUCUGCUCACUGCCGAGUUGCUUCCACUGUUGGAGGCCGAGGCCAAGGAAUCCGGCGACGCGCGCGUUGUCAACCAUUCCAGUUUGGGCCGGCUCUACACAGAGCACCAAGGCUUGGAGGAGAAGUACGUUGGGAAGAAUGGUGGCCACCUCGGCGGCAACGACAUAAAGUUUAUGGCUGGGGGAUGUUUCUGGCGGUAUUUCCAGUCCAAACUGGCCAACACUGUCUUCACGUACGCGCUUCAUGAGAAGCUGCAGGCCAAGGCCUCCAAGGUUCCAAGCCUUUGUGCCCACCCGGGUGGGUCCACCACAAAUUUGGGCGACGGCAUGGAGACAACAUGUUUCCUCAACUGUGUUUUGACGGCCAUGGAGACUUUCCUAAUGCAAUCGCAGGAGGAUGGAGCCAUGGGCCUUUUGCGCUGCAUGGUCCACCCGGAUGCGCAGAGUGGUAACCUCUACGGUCCCAAGAGACUUGGCGGCAUGUGUGGUCCAGCCGUACCAAACCCGAAACAGUCCUACGAGACAGAUCCAACGGUCAUGGAGAUGUUGUGGAGAACCAGUGAGCAAGCGACCGUGAAUUUCAAGGUCUGA